GCCCUCAGGUGCUAAAGUCCAACUGUAAAUCCUUUGCCUGCAGGACACAGCUUUGUGCUCUUAGUGUCACACACACCGCCUUGUUUGUACCUCUUGCGAACAUGCCAAGUGGUACAAUGCUAGGAAGGAAUUUGUAAAACAUUCCCAACUAUUCACAAUAUUUAAACCGAGAGGAGUGCACCUAGAAAGGAGUUUACAGGAUUCUUGGCUUGCUGCAUAGGUGAAGCUGCUAGUCUCAUCCCUGACAUGCUGCUACCUGCAGACACAGCAGAGCUUCCUGGUGCCAGAAACCUUGGGUGGGACAUCGAAUAGCAAGUGGAGGGCACUUUCCCGGCUCAUAACCUGCCCCCUUUGCUCCUCUUGUCCUCGUCACAGUUGGGUGGAGAUUAAGAAUCGCUGCUUACCUCAACUGUUUGUUCCUGUCCUCAAAGGAAUCCAGGUGGACGCACAGCGCAGAACGCAGGAAACAAAGUUCUUCAAAGGUCGCUAAGCUUUCCAAGAUGACUCACACAGCCGCUGUUGGGCCAGCAUCAUGGGAGCUUUGUGUGACUGUCGACCAACAGAAUGAGUCAGAAAAUCAAAGCGUCACAAUAAGAGUGUCUGGAGACCUUCAUAUAGGUGGAGUAAUGUUCAAACUGGUAGAACAAAUCGGUGUGUCCAGGGACUGGUCGGACUACGCACUAUGGUGGGAACAAAAAAACUGCUGGCUGCUGAAGACUCAUUGGACGCUGGACAAAUAUGGAGUACAAGCGAACGCAAAGCUUUUCUUCACUCCACAGCACAAGCUUCUACGUCUUCGACUGCCAAAUAUGAAAACCGUCAGACUUAAAGUCAGCUUCUCCUCCCUGGUGUUCAAAGCCGUUUCAGAAAUCUGUAAAACAUUGAAUAUUAGAAGACCUGAAGAACUUUCUUUGACAAAACCUCUGGAAGAUUUUGUAAGGAAGAAAAAGAAAAAAGAUGUCAAGGAAACAGUCCUGGAUGAAGUUAUAAACUUGGACAGUCAUACAAGUAACUCCGGAUCAUUAGGUAGUCCUGGAUUAUACAGCAAGACAAUGACCCCCAUGUACGAUCCAGUCAAUGGCACGCCGGCCUCUUCCACAAUCACGUGGUUCACUGAUAGUCCGCUGGCAGAUCAGAAUUGUAACAUCUUAGCCCUUAGCCAGCCAAUAUCUUCUCCAGAAAUCCUCAGUCAAAUGUAUCAGCCUCGUACACUGAUUGAUAAAUCAAGACUCAACACUGGGUGGCUGGAUUCAUCUAGGUCUCUUAUGGAACAAGGCAUCCAAGAAGAUGAGCUACUUUUGCUGAGAUUCAAGUAUUACUGCUUCUUUGAUCUGAACCCAAAGUAUGACGCUGUCCGCAUAAACCAGCUGUUUGAACAAGCGCGAUGGGCUAUCCUCCUGGGAGAAAUUGACUGUACUGAGGAGGAAAUGUUAAUGUUUGCAGCACUACAAUAUCACAUCAGAAAAUUAUCAUUAUCAGGGGAGUCAGUUGAGUUAACGACAGAUGGAGAAACAGAUGAAAUUGAAGCAGCUCUUUCUAAUCUAGAAGUAGCUCUGGAAGGAGGAAAAUCCAACAAAAUUUUGGAGGAUAUUACAGACAUUCCAAAACUUGCAGAUAAUCUUAAACUUUUCAGACCGAAAAAGCUUACACUCAAAGCAUACAAGCAGUAUUGGUUUGUUUUUAGAGAUACAUCAAUAUCUUAUUUUAAGAAUAAAGAAGCUUCUCAUGGAGAACCUGUGGAAAAGCUAAACCUGAGAGGCUGUGAAGUUGUACCAGAUGUCAAUGUCUCACAGAGAAGAUUUGGGAUAAAACUCUUAAUACCAUUUGCAGAAGGGAUGAAUGAAAUACACCUCAGAUGUGAUAAUGAAUCCCAGUAUUCUAAAUGGAUGGCGGCUUGCAUUUUGGCAUCAAAGGGCAAGACAAUGGCCGACAGCUCGUAUCGAUCAGAAGUACAAAGUAUCCUCUCAUUUCUGAGGCUCAAAAACACAAACACUACAACUCAAAUAAAUACCAACAUAGAAAAUGUGGACAUCAAACCAGAGUGUUUUGUAUCACCGAAAUAUGCAAAGAAAUACAAAACUAAACAGUUAGCUUCCCGCAUUUUGGAGGCACAACAGAACAUAUCACAGAUGCCCCUUGUUGAAGCCAAAAUGAGGUUCAUUCAGGCAUGGCAGUCACUUCCUGAAUUUGGCAUAGCCUACUACAUUGUCAGAUUUAGAGAUGCCAAGAAAGAGGAGUUGCUUGGAGUUUCUUACAAUAGACUGAUCAGAAUAGACAUUGCCACUGGAGACACAAUGACGACUUGGAGAUUUGCGAAUAUGAAACAAUGGAAUGUCAACUGGGAAAUACAACAGGUUGCGAUGGAGUUUGACCCCAACAUUGCUGCGGCAUUCACAUGUCAGAGCGCAAGCUGCAAAGUUGUUCAUGAAUACAUCGGAGGCUACAUCUUUCUUUCUACUCGUUCCAAAGACCAGAAUGAAACUCUGGAUGAAGAACUUUUUCACAAACUCACCGGAGGCCAAGAAUGAUUAUCAAGUGUGUGUGUGUAUGUGUGUAUCUAUGCGUGUGUUCGUGUGUAUGUAUGUGUGUAUCUAUGUGUGUGUAUGUGUGUAUCUAUGCGUGUGCUCGUGUGUAUGUAUGUGUGUAUCUAUGUGUGUGCUUGUGUUUGUGUGUGUUGGUACAUGUGUAAUUAUAUGACUUUUGGGCAAAUCAAUAUUUCUAUAAAUAUCAGACUUAGUGUAUAAGACUAUUAUAAAGUUCUACAUACUGUAGCUACCAAAAACGUUAUAGACUCAUGACGUAACAUGGCAUCAUGGCUUCUACAUGUCCAGUUAUGACCUAAAAAUAUUGAACUACCUUACUAUUAGUAUGUUGUACAUAUGAACAGCCAUAAUAAUAAAACCCUUAUUUGCAUUUAAUGGCAUAUUUCAAUCAUUUGUCCUGGUGUUACUUUUCUUGCCCAUCUUCAAUA